AUGUACGGGACUGGAAUCGUUACCGGAGUUUCGACUCCUCAUACCGCCUCGUCUCUCCGACCCCUCGUUCUCUCACACGGCUCUCUGGAGCAUACUCUCCUUAUCCCCACCAGCUCCCACUUCCACGCCACACAGCUACGGGACCAUUUCAAUGCUACACUACCAGUUGCUACAGAGGAAUUGGCACAGGACGACGAACCUUCGUCCGUUCCGGAGCUUGUAGCUCGCUUCUUGGGCUAUGUCGCGACCCAGGUCAACGAGGGUGAAGACGACGAGCAGGGGUCUUACGAAGACGUCCUGAGACUCGUUCUCUCCGAAUUCGAAAGCCGCUUCCUACGAGGCAAUGAAGUCCAUGCCAUAGCUUCUACUUUACCUGGAAUCCCAUCAAAACACCAGGUCACCAUCAGAUCUUACUAUGCUGCCAGGCUGGCUGCAAACCGUCCCAUCAAAACCCAUGCAUCUGCUCUCCUACGAGCUGCUGAGUCUGGAAAUGCCAAACUAUUUGCGGUUUUCGGUGGACAGGGAAACAUUGAAGAAUACUUUGACGAAUUACGCGAGAUCUGGACCACGUACAAUGGCCUGAUUGAGGAUUUCAUCUCCAGAACCGCAUCUCUCCUGCUAAAACUGUCAAGCGACCCCAGAGCUGGCAAGGUUUAUAGCAAGGGUAUUGAUAUCAUGAGAUGGCUGCAGAACCCUGACGUUACACCAGAUCUCACCUACUUGGUUUCUGCGCCGGUAUCUUUCCCAUUGAUCGGUCUCAUCCAGCUAUGCCACUAUGCCGUCGCUUGCAAAAUCCUCGGUCUGGAACCGGGCCAGGUCAGAAGCCUCAUCAAGGGUACCACGGGUCACUCGCAGGGUAUAGUAACCGCUGCAGCUAUCGCCCUGGCAUCCUCGUGGGAAUCAUUCGAAAAGGUCGCCAAAGACACAAUCGAAUUGCUUUUCUGGAUCGGAUGUCGUUCUCAGCAGACUUACCCGGUCACGGCUCUCGCCCCCUCCACUUUCCAGGACUCGAUAGCUCAGGGAGAGGGUUCACCCACCCCCAUGUUGUCCGUGAGAGACAUGCCAAAGUCGGCGGUACAGACUUAUGUCGAUAAGACGAACCAGCACUUGCCUGCCGACAGGCACAUCCACAUUUCCUUGGUCAACGGCGCCAGAAAUGUCGUCGUGACCGGCCCACCUCAGUCGCUUUACGGUCUCAACUUGACUCUCCGCAAGGUUAAGGCUCCAACCGGUCUCGACCAGUCCAAGAUUCCCUUCACCCAGCGUAAAUCUCGCUUCGUCAACCGAUUCCUUCCGAUUUCUGCCCCCUUCCACUCGCCAUACCUCCAACCGGCUGCCGCUACCAUCGAAGCCGAUGUCAAGCACAUCGUUUUCUCGAGGGGUGAUUUCGGAAUCCCAGUUUACGAAACCCACGAGGGCAAGGACCUAAGGACUGCCGAGGGGAGCGACAAUGUCGUACCCGAGCUCAUUCGCAUGAUUACCCAUUACCAGGUUCAAUGGGAGAAGGCGACCCAAUUCCAAGGCGCCACCCAUAUCCUCGAUCUCGGUCCCGGUGGUAUUUCCGGUAUCGGUGCUCUUACCCACCGAAACAAGGACGGUACAGGUGUCAGGGUUAUUCUCGCUGGGACCAUCGAAGGGUCCAACGUCGAAUUGGGCUUCAAGCCAGAGCUUUUCGAUAGAGACGAUGCUCAUGCUGUGAAGUACAACGUUGACUGGGUCCGAGAACACGGCCCCAAGCUUAUCAAGACAAAGACCGGUGAGACCUACGUUGAUACGAAGUUCAGUCGUCUUUUGGGUAUGCCACCGAUUGUCGUUGCUGGUAUGACACCAGCCACGGUUCCUUGGGACUUUGUCGCUGCGACUAUGAAUGCUGGAUACCAUAUUGAGCUUGGUGGUGGUGGCUACUAUAGUGCCAAGGGUAUGACGGAGGCGCUUCGAAAAGUGGAGGCCGGGACGACGCCUGGUGCAGGUAUCACUAUUAACUGUAUCUACGUCAAUCCUCGGGCUAUGGCAUGGCAGAUUCCAUUGAUCCAGAGUCUCCGCGCCGAGGGUGUUCCGAUCAAUGGUCUAACCAUUGGAGCCGGUGUUCCAUCCCUAGAAGUCGCCAAUGAGUACAUCGAGACAUUGGGAUUGAAGCACAUCGCUUUCAAACCUGGCUCCCUUGACAGCAUCCAGCAGGUUAUCAACAUUGCCCAGGCAAACCCCAAUUUCCCAGUCAUUUUGCAAUGGACCGGUGGCCGUGGUGGUGGCCAUCACAGCUACGAAGAUUUCCACCAGCCAAUCCUCGCUAUGUAUGGUAGAAUCAGAAGAUGCUCAAAUAUCAUCUUGAUUGCCGGUUCCGGGUUCGGUGGUAGCGAAGACACUUACCCAUACUUGACCGGUAAGUGGGCUGAGAAAUACGCAUACCCACCAAUGCCAUUCGAUGGUAUUCUCUUUGGUAGCAGAUUGAUGGUUGCGAGGGAAGCACAUACCAGCAAGAACGCCAAGAAAGCGAUUUGUGAUGCUCCUGGAUUGGAAGACCAGGACUGGGAAAAGACUUACAAGGGAGCAGCCGGAGGUGUUAUUACUGUCAAAUCAGAGAUGGGUGAGCCGAUUCACAAGCUUGCGACCCGUGGUGUUCUCUUCUGGCACGAGAUGGACCAGACCAUCUUCAACCUUGACAAGGCCAAGAGAAUCCCUGAACUCAAAAAACGACGUGACCACAUUAUUAAGAAGCUCAAUGCCGAUUUCCAGAAGACAUGGUUCGGCCGUAACGCCGCUGGCGAAGCCGUUGACCUUGAAGACAUGACCUAUGCUGAGGUCAUUAACCGUAUGGUCGAGCUCAUGUACGUCAAGCACGAGAGUCGAUGGAUCGAUAAGUCUCUUAAGAGCCUUACCGGAGACUUCAUUCGCCGCGUGGAAGAACGUUUCACCACCGGUGAGGGCAAUCCAUCGCUUCUCCAGAACUACGCCGACCUUGAUGACCCAUUCCCUACCGCCGUCAGAAUAAUUGAAGCCUACCCUGAAGCGAAGACCCAGUUGAUCAAUGCCCAGGAUAUGCAACAUUUCCUCAUGCUCUGCCAGCGUCGUGGACAGAAGCCAGUCCCCUUCGUCCCCGCUUUGGAUGAGAACUUUGAGUUCUGGUUCAAGAAGGAUUCUCUUUGGCAGUCUGAGGACCUGGAAGCUGUCGUAGACCAGGACGUUGGCAGAACAUGUAUCUUGCAGGGCCCAAUGUCUGUUCGAUUCUCAACCACUGCUGACGAACCUGUCAAGGACAUCCUGGAUGGCGUUCACAAUGGACACAUCAAAUCAUUGAUCGCGGACUUGUACGAUGGCAAGGAAGCGUCCAUUCCUGUUGUUGAGUACUUUGGUGGAAAAGCUAUUGAAGAAGUUGACGAGCCCGAUGUUGACGGCCUGACCAUCAUCAAGGAUGGUAACAAGCUUGUCUAUAGGCUCUCUACCUCCCCCUCCUCUCUCCCAGAUACCGAUAAUUGGUUGCGUCUCCUUGCCGGAGACUCUCACAGCUGGCGCCAUGCACUCUUUACCACAGAUGUUUUGGUUCAAGGCAGCAAAUAUCAAGAUAACCCGAUCAAACGUAUCUUCGCCCCUGCUGCUGGCUCUCUGAUCCACAUUGUCAACCCUGAUGACCCUGAAAACACCGUCAUCACUCUUCAAGAGGCUAGCCAAGGGCAAUGGACCAAGACAAUUGAAGCCAAGAAAGAGGGUAACAUCGUCAAGCUCGAACUUAUCGAACAUCGUACUGCGGAUGGAAAAUCAUGCGUCAUGUCCCUUCUCUUCCAAUACCACCCAGAGUCCGGGUAUGCCCCUCUUCGCGAAGUCAUGGAGGGACGAAACGAUCGCAUUAAAGAUUUCUACUACAAACUGUGGUUCGGCUCGGAUGAGAAGUUUGACUCGUCUACUUCCGUUGAAGACGUCUUCGAUGGUGGUGAGGCUAGCGUGACUGGCCAAGCUAUCGCUGAGUUUGUUGACGCUGUAGGCAACCGUGGUGAAGCCUUCGUCGAGCGUUCUGGUUCUGAGAAGCAGAUCUCCGCGCCAAUGGACUUUGCCAUCGUCGUUGGCUGGAAGGCUAUCAUCAAGGCCAUCUUCCCUAAAGCCAUUGAUGGGGACUUGCUCAAACUUGUCCACUUGUCCAAUGGCUUCAGGAUGCUCCCAGGUGCUGAACCCCUCCAGAAGGGAGAUACCGUUACAACCACUGCCCAGAUCAAUGCUGUUAUGAACCAAGACUCUGGCAAGAUGGUCGAAGUCACCGGUACUAUCUCUCGCGAAGGAAAGCCGGUCAUGGAGGUCACCAGCCAGUUCUUAUACCGAGGUGUCUACAAUGAUUUCGAGAAUACGUUCCAGCGGAAACAGGAGACUCCAAUGCAAGUUUAUCUCGCCACUACCAAGGAUGUUGCGGUUUUGAGAUCCAAGGAAUGGUUCUGUCUCGAUGACCAAGACGUUGAUCUCCUCAAUAAGAAUCUUACGUUCCGUCUCUCUACACUUCUCCGUUACAAGGACAAGGAGACCUUCAGCAGUGUUCGCACUCUCGGCCAAGUUCUAUAUGAGCUCCCAACUAAGGAAAUUAUCACAGUUGCCACCGUCGAGUACGAAGCUGGUACCUCACAUGGCAACCCAGUUAUCGACUACCUCCAACGUAACGGAACCUCCAUCGAGCAACCAGUCUUGUUUGAGAACGCUAUUCCGUUACAUUCCAAGACUCCUUUGGAGAUCCGUGCACCAGCAUCAAACGAGGCCUACGCCAGAGUUUCGGGUGAUUACAAUCCUAUCCACGUCUCGAGGACAUUCUCGAACUAUGCCAACUUGAAGGGAACAAUCACACAUGGAAUGUACAGCAGCGCGGCUGUCAGGGCAUUCGUUGAGACAUGGGCGGCUGAGAACAACAUUGGUCGUGUCAGGAGCUACACGGUCAACUUCGUAGGAAUGGUGUUGCCUAAUGACGACAUUUCGAUCAGUUUGAAGCACUCGGGUAUGGUUGGAGGUAGGAAAAUUAUCAGCGUGGAGGUUAUCAAUAAGGAAACAGAAGAUAAGGUUUUGAUCGGUGAGGCGGAGGUCGAGCAGCCGGUCUCAGCGUACGUUUUCACUGGUCAAGGUUCGCAGGAGCAGGGUAUGGGUAUGGAGCUCUACGAUAGCUCUCCAGUAGCUAGAGAGGUUUGGAAUAGGGCUGAUAAACACUUUAUGGACAACUAUGGUUUCUCGAUCGUUGAUAUUGUCCGACAUAACCCUAAGGAACUCACUGUUCACUUCGGAGGACCUAUCGGAAAGGCAAUUCGUCAAAACUAUAUGGCUAUGACAUUCGAGACGGUCAAUGCCGAUGGUAGCACCAAGUCGGAGAGAAUGUUCAAGGAAAUUGAUGAGAACACAGCUUCUUACACUUACCGUUCGCCGACUGGGCUGCUUUCGGCUACUCAGUUCACACAGCCAGCUCUUACAUUGAUGGAGAAGGCUAGCUUUGAGGAUAUGAGGAGCCGAGGUCUUGUUCAGCGUGACAGCAUGUUUGCAGGUCACUCCCUCGGAGAGUACUCCGCUCUUGCUGCAUUGGCUGAGGUCAUGCCGAUUGAGUCAUUGGUUUCCGUCGUGUUCUACCGUGGGUUGACCAUGCAAGUUGCUGUCGAACGUGACGAGCAAGGACGAUCCAACUACAGCAUGUGCGCUGUCAACCCAUCCCGUGUGUCCAGGAACUUCAGUGAGCAAGCGCUGCAGUUUGUUGUGGACAACAUUUCAACCGAGACGGGUUGGUUGUUGGAAAUUGUCAACUUGAACGUUUACAACCAGCAGUACGUUUGUGCUGGAGACCUUCGUGCAUUGGAUACUCUUACAUCGGUGUUGAACUUCUUGAAGCACCAGAAUAUCGAUAUCCAGAGCUUGAUGCAAAAGUUAUCUCUGGAUGAUGUCAAGGAGAAACUACUUGAGAUUGUGCGAGAGUGCAAGAAGCAGACUGAGUCCAAGCCACGACCACUAGAGUUGCAGCGCGGGUUGGCGACUAUCCCACUGCGAGGAAUCGAUGUCCCCUUCCAUUCUACUUUCCUGAGAAGCGGGGUUAAGCCCUUCCGCAACUUUUUGAUGAAGAAGAUUAACAAGAGUUCGAUCGAUCCAAGCAAGUUGAUUGGGAAGUAUAUUCCUAAUGUAACAGCUAGACCAUUCGCGAUUACAAAGGAAUACUUUGAGGAUGUAUAUAGGUUGACGAAUAGUCCGAGAAUUGGGAAUGUUCUGGCGAAUUGGGAGAAGUAUGCUGGGGAGGAUGGGACCGUCAAUGGUAUUCCUGAGGUUGUUACUGCCUAG